ACGUCGCACUGGAAUGUCUACGAAGUAAGAAUAUGCAGGAUUGAAUAGGCAACAAACAUGGAUAUGACAUUUCUUUUGAAAUGUCUUAUUGUUUACUGCAUAACUUUUAUUUUUGUGGAUCACUUGACCACAGGUCAACAAGACUCAUGCUCCGAUUGUACAAGGUUCGAAAUGAGGAAGGACUUGUCUUGUCAUGUAGUGUUAAAAUAUUUAAGAACAACAGAUGUGGCAACUUGCAUGAGGGAUUGCACGGACGAUUGUCACGGAUUGUUAUUCAAUGAACUUGAAAGAAAUUGUACUUUAUGCGCAUCGGUAAAAAUUGAAACUGGAAACCCUGACAAAAAGGCGACGGCGUUUGAAAAGGUCAAGAAAAAAUGUGGUUACCAGACUCCAUCUGAUUCUACGAAAACUUCGCAAAAAUUGUGCCCUCCGUUCGAGAACAAAAAGAACGGGAAAGUGGUUGGAGAAUCUCUGCUUGAAGGUGCCACUAAGAAUUUGACCUGCCACCCCGGAUACAGUCCUCGAGACAGAAAUAACGUUGUGAGCCAAUGUAAAAAUAGCCAAUGGACGAAAAUUACGGAGUGUGCUAUAGUGUGCCCUACUUUUGAGAACAUCAACAACGGGAAAGUUGAAGGAGACACUCUGUUCGAAGGUGCAACUAGAAAUUUGACUUGCAAUCCCGGAUACAGUCCCCGAGACAGCAAUGCUGUAUUGAGUCUUUGUCAAAAUGGCCAAUGGACAAAAAAAACGGAAUGUAUUAAAGACUGCCCUCCUUUUGAGAACAACAGCAAAGGGAACGUUACAGGAGACUCUCUGGUUGAAGGUGCAACUAGAAAUUUGACUUGCGACAUCGGAUACAGUCCCCGAGACGGCAAUAUCGUAGUCAGCCGAUGUCAAAAUGCUCAUUGGACAUCCAUAACGGAAUGUGUUAGAGUCUGCCCUCCUUUUGAGAACAACAGCAAAGGGAACGUUACAGGGGACUCUCUGUUUGAAGGUGCAACUAGAAAUUUGACUUGCGACACCGGAUACAGUCCUCGAGACGACACUAUCGUAGUCAGCCAAUGUCAAAAUGGUCAUUGGACGAAUAUAACGGAAUGUGUUAAAGUCUGCCCUCCUUUUGAGAACAACAGCAAAGGGAACGUUACAGGAGACUCUCUGUUUGAAGGUGCAACUAGAAAUUUGACUUGCGACGCCGGAUACAGUCCCCGAGACGACCAUAUCAUAGUCAGCCAAUGUCAAAAUGGUCAUUGGACGAAUAUAACGGAAUGUGUUAAAGUCUGCCCUCCUUUUGAGAACAACAGCAAAGGGAACGUUACAGGAGACUCUCUGUUUGAAGGUGCAACUAGAAAUUUGACUUGCGACGCCGGAUACAGUCCCCGAGACGACAAAAUCCUAGUCAGCCGAUGUCAAAAUGGUCACUGGACGAAUAUAACGGAAUGUGUUCAAGUGAAAGACUGCACCGAGCUACUAAACAGAGAUUCCACAAAGCUAAGCGGUGUGUACACCAUCAUCACCCCUGUCACUCACACCAAGGUACAGGUGUUCUGCGACAUGGAGAAGGAUGGGGGAGGCUGGACGGUCUUUCAAAAGCGGUUUGAUGGCAGUGAAGAUUUUUAUCGGAACUUUAAUGACUAUGAAAAGGGCUUCGGAACUGUUUACGCAGAACACUGGCUGGGUCUUAAAUACAUUUACGAGAUGACAUCGCUUGGUUCCUACCAACUCCGUGUGGACAUUGUACGUUCGAACGGAAGCAAGGGAUACGAUGUGUACGGGGGCUUUAGUCUUCAGCCUGGAACGAACUACACACUAAACGUUGGGUCGCGUGUACGGUCAAAUGGUCGUAAGUGAUUUAAUCGUUGAGUUUAUUCUUGUUUCAAUGACUUUGUCUUACCCAACAUUUUACCUACUUAAUAUCCAAUCAUAUGUCUUUUAAAAUGCCAAGAAUGAAUACUUGUGCAUAGUUACAGUUGAAUGAGCAACUUUAAAUUAAAUACUUGACUUAUAUUCAAGAAGGAGAAUUUAAGCUGGUAUAAUUGCUGUAUUGACGUACGUCAUUAAUGAAGCACCUUUAAUUAGCAAUGUGGUUCUCGUUCUCGACAAUCCGUCUAAUAAAGAUUUAUUUUUUAACCAAGUCGUUUUAACAUUGUUUAAUUUCGCAAUAAUUUUAUUCCCUACGCCUCGUCCGAUUAUAUGAUUAAGUUCAAACUCGAACACAACAAACCGCUUUAAAGACAAUGCUCGAGCAAAAUGCGGCAUAUAUAUGUUGCACACAUAGUGCCCGUCCUUCUAAACGAAUCACGAAACAUGUCUGGUCAAUCGUAAUGAGAAACACAAUACAAAAUAUAUAUAAACAUAUCAAUCGGUUUAGACAUUAAAACCGUAAUGUAACAAGAUACUUCCUUUAUUUA